AAAAUGCCUUCCUCUCGUCUUCUUCGAGGCUUCCCGGCGGAUCAGACAAGAGAGAAAAUUAAGAAAAUUCGUACAUUUAUCUUCAAAUAAAAAGAGGCCGUGUAAUUUGCAAGGGCGAGAGUGUGCUAGAAAGAAGAAAUGGGGGAUCUAUACGCCCUAGACUUCGAUGGAGUUCUCUGUGAUAGUUGCGGAGAGAGCUCUCUUUCUGCUGUCAAGGCUGCUAAAGUGAAAUGGCCUACUUUAUUCGACGGAGUAGACUCGACCACGGAGGAUUGGAUUGUUGAUCAGAUGUAUAUAGUUCGACCUGUGGUGGAAACUGGAUAUGAAAAUCUCUUACUUGUGAGGUUAUUACUGGAGAUGAGAAUACCUUCCAUACGGAAGUCCUCGGUUUCAGAGGGACUCACAGUCGAGGGUAUACUGGAGAAUUGGUCGAAGUUAAAACCUGUCAUAAUGGAAGAAUGGGAUGAGAAAAGGGAUGCCCUGGUGGAUCUUUUCGGAAAGGUUAGAGAUGAAUGGCUGGAGAAGGACUUGACAACUUGGAUUGGUGCAAAUAGAUUCUAUCCAGGUGUUCCUGAUGCACUGAAAUUUGCUAGCUCGAAGUUGUAUAUAGUUACCACAAAACAGAGCCGAUUUGCAGAUGCUUUACUGCGAGAGCUUGCAGGAGUAACAGUACCUUCCGAGAGAAUAUAUGGCCUUGGAACUGGUCCCAAGGUAGAAGUGCUGAAGCAGCUUCAAAAGAAACCAGAGAACCAAGGAUUGACUCUACACUUUGUGGAAGAUCGACUAGCAACCCUAAAGAAUGUCAUCAAAGAGCCCGAACUAGAUGGAUGGAAUUUGUAUCUUGGGGAUUGGGGGUACAACACUCAAAAAGAGAGAGAUGAAGCUGCUACCAUUCCCAGGAUUCAUCCUCUUCAGCUCUCUGACUUUACCAAGAAGCUGAAAUAACCAUCAUUUCGUGUAGGUUGUACUAUUAACUAAAAUAUCAGAUGUAUUUGAGAAAUAAAGGAACUUUGAAUUACAGAGGAGUUAGCAUGAUAAUGCACAAAUAAUUGGUAGAUUUUGAUUA